GGUGGCGGAAAAACACGUUUCUAUUAAUGUUCCAACACCAUACCCCACAAGAAGAAGAUUCCACUGUUUGUUGUCAAGUGACUGUCAAAGCAAAGCUAUUUAAUCCUAAAUCCUUAUUCAUUUAAUGUUCUGACGGUAAUCAACAUGGCCGAGGAAGAAGAGUUCACAGACAUAAAUGGGAACUCGAUUUCUUUAGACUGCCAAACUCACUCUGCUUUCUGCAGAGAGUUCACAGUCACCUCCCCGAAACUGUCCCUGCGCAAGGUGAUGGUCUGCACCUGUUUCAUAUGGUUAUUUGCUUAUGCUGUAUUUUUCUUCACCGAGAACACGACUGUCCUGUCGAGUGCCAUUAUCCUCACUCUGGCUGGGAUGAUGAUUCAUAUUCACUUCGUGAAGGUGGACCAUGAGACCCUUCUUAUAAUCGGGUCCCUCGGUGUGCAGCUGUCUUCAUCUUAUGCAUCUGGGCGAGAAAGCACGAUCUUCAUUGAGAUGAGCAAGCUGAAAGAUAUUGUCAUCAACGAGGCUGUUUAUAUGCACAGCAUUAUAUACUAUCUGUGCAUUCUGAUCAAGGACCCAGCAGAUCCUGAAACAGUGGCCAGUGUUGUCCCUCUUUUCCAGAGUUCAAAGCCUCGGCUGAAUUGUUUGGUUCAUGUGUACAGGAGCUGUCAAGAGAUUUUAGCACAGACCAGUUGACACAGAGAGUCUUUCUUUGAAACAGGAUAAAACUGGAAUCCUCAGAAUGAACCAUGAGUGUAUUGUUGGUCAUUUUUUGUAUUGUCAUCUACAUUACAUUUUUCUGUUACAUGUAGUGAUUUGUUAGAUUUUGCAUCCACAGACUUACUGGCUACUGUACUUAAACAGUAUUUAAAACAUUAAUUUAUGAUCAGACAUUUCAUAUGUUAGUGCUUUUAAUAUUUUUCAUAUACUCCUAAUUUUGAUAUUUAAAUUUUUUGUAGUAAACGUUUUAAAUGUUUCCUAUAUUAAUAUUGCAAUGACUAUAGCUGAUGGUUUUUCCUUCUGAGUCAGACCUUAAUUAGCCACUAGGGGGACAUGUGUGCCAAUUUUUGAUAUCCGGAACAAAAUCAGUUUAUAAUAUUAAUAAUAUUUAAUCUCCUAUUUUAAUAUUUUAACCAUGACAUUUUAAUCAAGUAUUUUUUUCCUAUUAAAAAAUAAAAUAAAAAUAAAGCUGUUUUAAUUAAAUAAUACAAUAGAGGGUUUUUUAGCAUGGUAAAUCAGUGUAUUAUUCAGCUUUUAAAGCAGAUUUUACUUGGCCACCAUUGUUGUGGGUCACUUGAAGGAUUAUGCUAAUGCAUCUCAUUUACUCUUUGGUGGGUCAGCAUUUAACUGUUCCUGCUUUUGUCAGGUUGUCUUGUUACCCAAAGCAGUUUAUGUCUGAGGGUUAGCAAACAGUCUCAUUGUAAGUUUAUCUGAGCUCUUAUUGCAGAAUUCACAGCACCACAGAGCUUCAGAGUUAUUUGGGUGAUUAAAAAUGAAGUAGUUGAAUUAAGUUAAUUUAUCAAUGUUUAGAUUACAUUUACAUUUUAUAAAUAGGAAGUGGAAAUGGCUGUACCAAAUAAAUGCUUUCUAGAGGUCAGACAACAGAAGGCAAAUAAAGCUUUCUUGCAAUA